CUGGAGGUGAUCUGAUAUAAAAGCUGAGUAUCAGUUCACACAGAGCACAGUGACACAUUCUACACUGACACUCAGGUCCAAGUGUCUGCUCAGCUAUAAAACGAUGCAGGUCUUGUGGAUUCUGUUCUGCUCUGCUUUUAUUACAGAGUUGUGUGCUGGGGAAUCUGUGCGACUGCGUUAUGGCCAAAAGCUGAGUAUCAAACUCAAAGAUAAGAACAAUACGCUGGAGUUUACGUCUGCAAACAGAACUCGCAGCUGCUCUCUCUGGCCCAGGAGCGCUCAGUGUAAACGAGGAGAAGUGAGCGGAUUCUUGUCUAAGAGCUUCAGUAUUACGUCUGUUCGUUUUGAUGACCAGGGAACCUACACCCAGAGAAACAACCAGAGCAAAGUGGUUUCUGCCACCACACUAACGGUUUACUCCUCAACAGAAAGCAGGACUUUACAGAUUGGUCAAACUCUCAGUAUUUCACUGGAAGGUCUUUUGAGGACUGAAGCCAGUCUGAGUUUCUCCAGCAGUGAGGGGAACAUCCUGCUGGUGCAGAGAGGAUCACGUGUGGGGACACUUCCAGACAACUCACCCAUCCAGGUCUCCAGCAGCAGCAUCCAGGUGCUCAGUGUUCACGCCUCAGAUGGAGGGAGGUACACUCUCUCAGACAGGGAAGGUCGUGAGGUCAAGGUCGUCACUCUAAGAGUUACUGCCUCUACAGGCAGUCAGAGUUUACUGGUUGGUCAGACUCUCAGUGUUCCUCUGGGAGAUCAGUGGAGGAGUGAAGCCAGUCUGCGUUUCUCCAGUAAAGACGUGACGCUCAUGCUGGUGCAGCGAGGCUCACCUGUGCACCACCCCGGCUACUCCGGACGGAUCCAGGUGAGCAGCAGCAGUAUCCAGGUGCUCAGUGUUCAGGUGUCGGAUGGAGGGAAGUACACACUGCUGGACGGGAAAGAUCAUGAGGUCAAGGUCAUCACUGUAAAAGUCACUGAUCCCUGUGCCUCAAAAAUUCAGAAUAUGGACCUUUCUUAUGGCCACCAGUUGAGCAUCUACCUGCUAUACCAGAUUGGUUCACUGGAGUUUAAAUUUAUUAAUGAAACCCAGAUUAACACCAUCUGGUCCAGUAGCAUCCAGCCUGAAAGAGGAGCAGUGGAAGGAUCUGGAUUUGAUAUGCACUUCAUAAUUAACUCUGUCAACUUUGAGGAUCAGGGAGAUUACACUCAGAAGAACAACUUCAGCAAAGUGAUCUGUGUCACUAAAGUGAAAGUUCACACUGAUAGGAACACCCAGUACUGUGUGGAAGGAAAGACGUUCACCAUUUCUCUGGCCGGCCUCUCGAGUGAGGAAGCCACUCUGCGUUUCUCCAGUAAAGAUGUGAACGUGAUGCUGGUGCAGCGAGGCUCACCAGUGGAGAAUCUGGAUGAGUACAGUAAUCGGAUACAAGUGACCAGCAGCAGCAUCCAGGUGAUGAACGUGAACGCAUCAGAUGUGGGCCAGUACACACUUAUUGAUGGAAAAGGUCGUGAGGUCAAGAUCGUCACAUUAGGACUCGCUGAACCUGUGAACUUGGCGUUUUUAGGUUUUCUGGUGCUGGUUGUUCUGGUGCUCGCUGUUCUCGGGUACUGCAAGUGGGGGUCAGAGCAGUGCCAGUUCCAGAUAUCAGCUUAAGAAGAAGCACAAUCAUUAACAAUUAUCAUGACAUAACAUUUCCCCCAAAAAUAAUUACAAUAUAUAAUAUUGAUAUUACUGUAAUUUUAAGACUUUUAUACUACUUACUUUUAUACGCUUUAAAUUAUUGUGACAGAACGAGAUGUCUGUACUGCUUUUAUGACACUGUUAUUAUCUGCAUUAUAAAGUAGUGCAGAUUUAGGUUGAAUUUUGUUUAGAAUUGUGUCUACACUCCAAAACAUGAGCUGCCAAAGAUAACAAUACAAUAAAGUUUUACAGUAUAUUGUACUGUAUGUAUGUAUACUGUUUAUUUUUAUGUUAAAGCUUUUAAAGCUUCUGUUUUGCAGAUGCUGUUUAAAGUGGUACAUGCUUAAAUUGACAGAAUUUUCCUGUAUUUACCAUUUUAAUCGAUCAAUCAAAGGAUUUUUCAAAUACAGAAGUAUGCAAAUAUACAACAUAUAAUGAGGACCUAUUUUUAGUAAUCUACGGUUGAGCUGUUAAUCCAUGCACUGUGCGGUUAGAAUUAGGGCGUGACAGUGUGUCUUUGCUAUUGUAAUGCCAGGAAAAGUACACCAUGUGUGGCUUUCAUCAAUUAUUCACCAUGUAAUUCUUUUAAUUAAUUACGGGUGUGUUUUGGGCAUCAGAUCCAACCCUACACUUCCCACCUUUGAAUACUUGGUAUAGUUGUGAAAUCGUGAGCUCAGGAAAUAUGUUCCAUAAAUCCACGGUGAAUUGUGUUCAUUUUUGUCUGUUUAUAAAAGUAUACAUUGUAAGAAAUUUUAUAUGCUGGCCAAAUCAAUAAAAAAAUGAAACUAUU